AUGGCAUCAUCUACCCAGCUUCCUGCGACGAUGCGCGCGGCGCAAUGGCGCACCACUACCGGCAGCAUCGAGAAGAACCUAAAGCUCGUCACCAACGCACCGCUCCCCAAGACUGCCUCUUCACUUCCCAAGGGCUGCACUCUCGUGAAAGUGGCCUUCGCUUCCAUCAACCACGACUACAAGCUCGCCGAACUUCCCUUCCUCAACCGCAUAUUCCCUGACCCAGCGACCCCCGGAGUUGAUUACUCGGGCACCGUUGUCGCAACAACUUCUACCACACUGCAACCUGGCCAGGGUGUCUUUGGGAGGACCGAGAUGCACAAGUGUGGCACCCUGGCCGAGUACGUCGUGGUAGGAAAAUCAGGUAUCGCAGCGGUCCCCGCCGGCGUAUCGCUGAAGGAUGCGGCGUGUGUCGGCAUUUGUGGUGUCACGGCGCUGCAAGCACUUGCUCCCUUCGUGAAGGAGGGAGACACGGUCUUGGUCAACGGAGGCAGCGGUGGCACCGGGAUGUUCGCGAUACAAGUUGCCAAGGCUCUGGGUUGCGCCCGAGUUGUUGCCGUCUGUUCGGGGCAGAAUGCCGAUUUUUGCCGAAGUCUUGGAGCUGAUGAUGUGAUCGAUUACAAGAAGGGUGACCUGGUAGACGCACUCCAGAAAAGAGGUGAACAAUUUGACCACAUAUUGGAUACGAUAUUUCUGGAUACAGAGUUGUAUUGGCAAAGCCACCAAUAUCUCGUCCCCGACGGGACCUACGUGGCGAUUGGUUUGCCUUUGACAGCCCAUACAUUCACGACUUUGAUUUGGAUUCAUCUGCUUCCAAGGCUCUUUGGCGGCGGAAAGAGAAGGUUCAAAUUCCAUUCAGUCUUCGCAAACCCAGAGCAUUUCCUACAGGUUGGCAGAUUGGUCGAGGAAGGCAAAGUCAAGCCAGUGAUUGAGGACGUCUUUGGCUUAGAGGAUGCGGGCAAGGCUUAUGCGAGGAUCAAGAGCGGAAAAGCAGCUGGAAAGUUGGUUAUCGCAGUUGGUGGCGACGUGGCACUGUGA